GCGGCGGCGGCGGCUGGUUCACUUCCAGGUUCCGCUGAGGCUGAAGGAGCCGAAGAGGCUGAGGAGGCCGGGCCGGGGCCGGGGCCGCCUCCCCGCGGAGCCGCCGCCGUCCGGAGCGUCCCGCGGGACCGCAACCAGCGUGGGACCUGAAGACGAGGAGGAGGGGGAGGACGAGAACGAGGCGAGGCCGGCGCAGCCAUGGAGGAAGCAUCUCCCUUUUCCUUAUUGGAUAUUUGCUUGAAUUUCCUGACCACUCACCUGGAGAAGUUCUGUUCAGAAAGACAAGAUGGAACUCUGUGCCUGCAGGAACCAGGCAUGUUCCCUCAAGAAGUGGCUGAUAGGCUCCUCCAGACAAUGGCCUUUCACGGCUUACUAAAUGAUGGAACUGUGGGAAUUUUUCGAGGCAGCCAAAUGCGCUUGAAGCGAGCUUGUAUCCGCAAAGCAAAAAUCUCUGCAGUAGCUUUCCGGAAGGCCUUUUGCCAUCAUAAGCUGGUAGAACUUGAUGCCACUGGUGUGAAUGCCGACAUUACUAUCACAGACAUCAUCAGUGGGCUUGGCAGUAACAAAUGGAUUCAGCAGAAUUUACAAUGCCUGGUGUUGAACUCACUCACUCUUUCCCUGGAAGAUCCUUAUGAAAGGUGCUUCAGCCAGCUGUCUGGUCUCCGGGCUUUGAGCAUUACCAAUGUCCUCUUCUACAAUGAAGACUUGGCUGAUGUGGCUUCACUGCCCAGACUGGAGAGUUUGGACAUCUCCAACACAUCAGUGACAGACAUCACAGCACUACUCGCCUGCAAGGACCGACUCAAGUCCCUGACCAUGCACCACCUGAAGUGCUUGAAAAUGACGACCACGCAGAUCCUGGACGUGAUCAGAGAACUCAAGCACCUGAACCACCUGGAUAUUUCUGAUGAUAAGCAGUUCACCUCUGACAUAGCUCUUCGCCUCCUGGAGCAGAAGGAUAUUCUGCCCAAUCUUGUGUCUCUGGACAUUUCUGGGAGGAAGCAUGUGACCGACAAAGCUGUGGAAGCCUUUAUCCAGCAGCGACCUACCAUGCAGUUUGUAGGCUUGUUGGCCACUGAUGCUGGCUACUCAGAAUUCCUCACUGGUGAAGGCCAUUUAAAGGUAUCAGGAGAAGCUAACGAGACUCAGAUUUCGGAAGCAUUGAAGCGAUACAGUGAGAGGGCCUUCUUUGUCCGGGAAGCCCUCUUUCACCUCUUCAGCCUGACCCAUGUCAUGGAAAAAACAAAGCCUGAGAUAUUGAAGCUGGUGGUCAUUGGAAUGAGGAACCACCCCAUGAACUUGCCGGUCCAGCUGGCAGCGAGCGCGUGUGUGUUUAACUUGACCAAGCAGGACUUAGCUGUGGGAAUGCCCGUGCGGCUGCUGGCCGACGUGACCCACCUACUGCUCAAGGCCAUGGAGCACUUUCCUAAUCACCAGCAGCUGCAGAAAAAUUGCCUCCUCUCACUGUGCAGUGACCGGAUCCUUCAGGAUGUUCCAUUUAACAGGUUUGAAGCUGCCAAGCUUGUCAUGCAGUGGCUCUGUAACCACGAAGACCAGAACAUGCAGAGGAUGGCUGUGGCGAUCAUCUCCAUCCUCGCCGCAAAGCUUUCUACGGAGCAGACUGCCCAGCUGGGAGCUGAGCUCUUCAUCGUCAGGCAACUUCUCCAGAUAGUGAAGCAGAAAACCAGCCAGAACUCUGUAGACACGACCCUCAAGUUCACUCUGAGCGCCCUCUGGAACCUCACAGAUGAGUCCCCAACGACCUGUAAGCACUUCAUAGAGAACCAAGGGCUCGAGCUCUUCAUGAGGGUGCUGGAGUCCUUCCCGACAGAGUCCUCCAUUCAGCAGAAAGUCCUCGGCCUUUUGAACAAUAUAGCCGAAGUCAAAGAGUUACAUUCAGAGUUGAUGUGGAAGGACUUCAUAGACCACAUCAGUAAACUCCUGCACAGCGUUGAGGUUGAAGUCAGCUACUUUGCAGCUGGAAUUAUUGCCCACUUGAUAUCCAGAGGUGAACAGGCCUGGACAUUGAGCCGCACCCAAAGAAAUGCUCUCCUUGAUGAUCUGCAUUCAGCCAUUUUGAAAUGGCCGACGCCAGACUGCGAGAUGGUGGCAUACAGGUCCUUCAAUCCAUUUUUCCCCUUGCUUGGCUGUUUUGCAACCCCUGGUGUGCAGCUGUGGGCGGUGUGGGCCAUGCAGCACGUCUGCAGCAAGAACCCGGCCCGGUACUGCAGCAUGCUCAUCGAGGAGGGCGGGCUGCAGCAUCUGUACAACAUCAAGGAGCAGGACCAGACCGACCCCCACGUUCAGCAGAUCGCCAUCGCCAUCCUGGACAGCUUGGAAAAACACAUUGUCCGGCACGGGCGGCCCCCCCCAGGGAAAAAGCAGUCCCAGGCCAAGCUCCAUUGAGCGCUAUGGGUCACGGGGCCACAGAAGGCCUGGCACUAUGCUUGGGUCAGGAGGCCUGCUGCAGCAAGGAGCCCUGGCACCAUACCACUGAUGGGCUGCCACUUAUUAGUGGACGUGGACAGUGAUGCCCAGUCAAGCAAGUCUCUAAUUCCUGUUGUGAUUUUUUAAGAAUUUCAGGCAAGAGAAGAGUCCCACUCAUCCUUCUCUGACGCCCUUUAGAGACCUUUCCACAUAAUUCCUUUGGUGUGUGAAUAUUCCUGUGCUUGUGAGAUGGUGCAUCAUUAUGAUAAACUUCAGUGCACGAGCAGGGACUGCUCCACAUUCAGGAGAUCUGCAAAACCCUCCCAAGCCAGGUGGUGCUUGGCAUGAUACGUGGUUUGCUUUCUCUGCCUGGCACAGCUUCUGCCUGUGGGUGCCCUGGCCCCUCCUCCUCUGCCAAGGCAUCCCCUGAGAAGAGUCAAGUGGCAGCCCAGCUGCUGGGUUCUGUAUCCUCACCUGGCAGAGACCACUUACCAGGCUGUGGCUGGUAGGGAAUGGAUGGAAGAGAACACGCUGGACAAGGAGAAGAAUGGCGGGCUUUUGAGGGAGAACAGUGUAGAGGAGUUGAGUGUGGCUUUGCUCACAGGGCCUCUCUUUCUGAGACACCUCUCUCCUGGUGCAGCAGCCAAGCAUGUGUGUUCUCUCUCUCUCCGUCCUGGGAAGGCUGCUCAGCCGUUGGCUUGUAAAAGUUUUUGGUACCUAACCCCCUUCCCUCCUAAAAAAAUCUUUCUGACUUGUUUCUUUGUAAAAUGUCCCAAGUUCCCCCUUGCUUGUAAGUCACAGUUGUGGAGGUGUGCAUCCGUAUACAGGUUCCUGUGGGUCACCCAGUCAUUUCUUCUCUAUUUCAUGUCUGUCUCUGUCCAGGGAGCCCAAGGUUGCACCACAUGCUCCCCUGUCCUGUUGGGAGAAAUGCUGACAGUGAUGGAGACUGGGGUCCUGAAGUGCAAAGCCCUUGGUCAUCUCUGUUCUCGUUCUAACGUCUUGUCCCCAUCUCCCUGCCAAAGGAGGAAAAGACAACUAAGGAAGGAAUUUGGCAGUUGCUGGGUAUCAGUUGACCCUCAUCAGUGUAUUCAAGAAAAUGUCUCUUGAUUGACAACCAACCACCUAAAAAGUCACUUGCUGUUCUAGGACUCGGCACAAUAGGAAAGAGUCAUGGGGGUCUGCAGUGGGGCCUUCUUGGAACACCCUGUGACCAGCGCUUGCCUCAGCAAGGAGCUGCAUCAGUUGGUUAUUGAUCCAGUUGUGUGGGAAAGACAGCCCAUGUUGGCUGUAUGCCAUGACUGUCACUGCCCUGGAGCAACCGUUCUUUUACACAGAGGUUUGAAUUGACAUGUUGAAGUUAGAUGGGGAGGGGGACAUUUGUCAGACUGGUCGUUUCCUAAGUCUCCUCUUUAAUGUGAUUAUCUUACUAGCAUGCAGUUAACAUCUUUGUUUGGUCUCAUUUCAUAUGAAUAUAAGAAGAAUUCAACUUUAAUUUGGGAAUCAGCUUAGUCAGAAUGAAAAUUGAAUUUGCCUAAGGGAAGAAAAUUAGUCAAUUCAUGGUGAUUGGAUUUCUUCCAAUCCCAUAGGAUUAGGAAGUCUUGUAGACUUGGCCUGUUGUCACAGGUGUGGGAAACAGCAGGUUCUUUUUUUUAGGGGAGAGAAAACCUGAUGUCACAUUCGUAUAAAAUUGAAUUUAAUUUCACUUUUUCCUUCUGGGUGUGGUUAUUUUAGCUUGUUUUUUAAAUGUCACUGACUGUAUCAUGUGACACAUUGGCAGGAUAGAGCAUAUACUUGGCCGAUCAAAGCUGAACUGAGGACCAGGGACCGUUGUUAGCGGCCUUGAAGCCACCAUCUAUCUGCUGCCUCCGGUUUCAGCACCUUUGGGGGGUAGGCAGAGAUCUGUGAGGAAUUGGCUUCCCCCUUCUGUUCUACCCCAUACAGGAUGAAAGCACAUGUGCUGCUCACGUGGAAGGGUUGGGCUUGGGCUAAGGAGCUGCUUCACGAAAUCACUAAAAACAUCUGGAAGAUGGACAGGCCCUUUUUCAUCUCUAUCACAGCACAGGCACUCCAGUGGAAGCCAGGCAGCUGUUCUCUUAGCAUGAAUAUUUAAAGUUUAAUUUAACCUUCAUCCUACCCUCUUCCCCAUCGGCGAUGGGCAGAACCAUUGGAGGAGGAACCCCCCAGCCAGCAGUUGGCACUUGCCCCGAUUGUCUUUAAAAAUGCUAGUGCCUUUCUUUCCUCAAUGGUUCUUAGUGUGGUGUGGUGACUCGUGGAGGCCCCAGACUGUUUGGAUUAGACCCUAGAUCCAGCUGGACUGUGACGUACGUAAACGGUGACUGGAGCUGGUAUGACAUGGCCCCAGUCCCGUGGGCAGUGCCCUGGCCCUCCCUGUUGCCAAGCACUGUAACGCUGAAUAAAGAGCACCACUUUGAGAGUGUUUGGUGCCUUCCGCAGUUACCUCUCCUAUGGCCAGGGGUACUUCGUCAAGCACAAAGUGGACAAAGGUGGAACCACUCUCCAGCAUCCAUGCACUCUGUGCGAAGGGAAAGGAAUGAUGUGCAUUCUGGACCUUGGAAAAUCUCGAGAGAGCUCAGCACGCGCACCAGGACAGAUACUAAGUUAGAGCUGUAUUUGGUUAGGCCGGAAAGUUGACCAGGAGCAUUAGCGACCUUUGCCUUUCCCCUGUGUGUUUGGCUGUGACUUUGACACUACAUAGAAGCACCCUCAGUUUGUGCAAUGAACAAGAAUUAAGAAGUGUUGGAGAGGCUUCUUUGGCUUCUCCAGCCGAGAAGGCAGCGGUUCCUACCUGUGGGAGUCGAAGGCUGGUUAGUUUGUGUCUUUGUUUUGUUUUUUUUUUUAAUUUAAGAACAUAGGACCCCCUCACUCUUUAAGACUUCACUCUAGGAAAUAGAGGCAAUUGUGAUCAAGAAUGAUUCUUUAGGGGCGGCUAGGUGGCACAGUGGAUAGAGCACUGGCCCUGGAGUCAGGAGUACCUUGAGUUCAAAUCCGGCCUCAGACACUUAACACUUACUAGCUGUGUGACCCUGGGCAAGUCACUUAACCCCAAUUGCCUCACUUAAAAAAAAAAAAAGAAUGCUUCUUUAGUGUCAAUUAGCAACUCUCCCAUCUGCAGUAUGGGGGUGUGGACAUCCAAAUCAUGGUGGGCCAUGAGCCUAAGAGGAGAUUGUUUGCGGGGAUCCCUGAAUUGGCAGACAUUUGUACUAAGAAGCCCCAGUUCUGUAGAGUAGACUUGAUGGAAAUUGCUGCUGUUAAUGGAAGGUCUGGGUCCAGCCUGUUUGUGACCUAAGCUAGCACCUAUCCAUUGGAGGAUGGUUUUUAGCUCAUCCUGAUUUUUCCCUGAUGGUGUUUCAGGAUUAAUCCCUCAGGUCAUGUGCUGAGGGAAGAGGGACAAGAACAGGGCAUCAUGGUCCCAACCUUGGUCCAGAGGCUGGGAGAGGGGUUGACUUGCUGUCUGGCUUCCCCCUCUUCCUGCUGCUGGCUGUCACCCCCUCAGACAAGGAUGAGUGGGGGCCUGCCUCCAUGCCUGUGGCCUCCUUUGGCUGUGAUUCUUUGUUCCUCUCUUCCCCUGCUCAAUUUGAACAGAACCCGACAGAAAAGAACGACAGAAACACUCGAGAGCAUCUGCAUCUGGUCUUCGGGUGCUCUCGCCAUAUUUGAAUGGAUAUCCUGUAGCUUAUGGCUUGAGGCUAACAGUCCUAGUCAGGCCUCAGCUCAGGAAAGGUCUUCAAUCCUAGAGUGGCUCAGACUGGAGCCUGCUCCCAUCUGUUAGCUGCUGGCCAGGUGGGCUUUGCUCCAGGUCUGUGCCUCCCACCUGUCUCCUACUCAGGCUUGCGGAUGUUUGUGUACCCUUGCAUCCAGUCUUAUUCAGAUGUUGCAGACUAUGGUGUUGGGGAAUGGAUAGAGUGUGUGUGUUGAAUGUUUGGCUUGUCUCUUUGGGGAACAGUGUGGGCUUUGUCUUCAGAGGAUGACGAUGUGUGUGGUGUAUGCUGAAACCACUGGGAAGAGUUCAUUGCGUGGCCUUUAAAUUAACCGCUGUAUCUUUUUUUUUUUUUUUAGCAUAGCACGGGUGCUCCGUGUUUGGGUGUGCUCUUUUAUCCUUGUGACAGGAUGCUUCAGGUGGUUAGAGUUCUAAAUGGGCCCAGCCUGCUAGAAAGGAGCUAGGGGGGCAGGUAGGCCCUCUCUCCUUGCUGGGAGCGGGAGGUGUGUUUGGAGCGGCCCGUCUGACGGGGCUGCCGAGCUCUCGACACCCCAGCCAGAGGUGGCCAAGUCACUUGUGGGAAAUCCGGGGGACCUUGUGGUUUGAUCGGGUGGUUGCAGAUGUUCUGCUUUGGAUUCGUUUUGGCAGAAUUCUACUUCCGUUCCUUUGGGGGGGGGGUGUUCAUAUUAACCAAGAGGUUAAUAAUCAUGGGCUUCUACAAGAUCAGGAAUUUGGGAGCACAAAGAGAGAGAGGAGCCUGAGUCACCAGAUUGGCCAGAUAAACAAACACAAGAUACCCGGGACAUUGGCGGGAGUUCCGGGAACCUUGAGCUCUGGUUUUGUCAUCUCUUCUUUUGCUGUGGUUUUCAGCUCUUCUCGGCUCCUUGUGUAACAAGUCCAUCCGAAAGCAUAAUGUCCGUACCUUUUCCCCCCACCCCUCAAAGGUUCUCUGUCAUCCAGCCCCAAUGCACUGUUACCACUGUGGCCCGAUAGACCGGAUUAGACCAUACCUGGAUGGUACCACAUUUCCAACUAGUCCAUGACUUGUGUGAGCAGUUGUGGGGGAGGAGUGUGCAGCGAAGAAAGGAAUGUGUGGGUUUUGGCCUAAAUAAAUGUUAUCAAUUUUGUGUAUAA